AUGCAUAACAGUAAUCUAAUACGUUUAUUUGAAGAUUUAUCUGUGACACCGAAUGAAAAUCGUUUGCAAAUAUUAGAACGUAUUAAUAUUGAAUUAUCGAUAAUAACAACUACUCAAUUUGAACAAAUUCAUCAAAAUAUUCCAUGGCAAUUAUUAUUUGAAUUAGUAACCAUAAAUACAAACAAUGACGAUGAAUACGAUCGUCUACUAUGUUCCAUAUUUGAUUUAUUUAUUGUAAAUUUAUCAGUAGAAAAUAUUAUCUCAGAUUUUUAUCCACUUCUUUAUAAUGGUUUAAAAAAUCCGGAAAUAUCAAAUCGUAUUAAACUUUUGUGUUUAAAAGCAUUAGAUAAACUAUCAAAGUGUCAAAAAGAAAAUUGUUUUCAUGUUAUUAAACAAUUGUUUCAACAUGAACAAAUUUAUCAAUUGUUAAAAUUAUUUCUCGACAAAGAACAACAAAAUUUAUGGAUUAAGUAA